CUCUCAAUUUCUGAUACUUUUUUUGUUAUAGAAUGUGACUCGCUGAUUUGUCGAAGUUGCGGACACACAGUAGUUGAUAAAGUUUUGUUGGCGAAUGUGCGAAGCAAGCUGGCAUUACGCAGUUAUAAUAUGACAAUUCUUGGUCGAAACCAGCUUGUUCAGGUUUUCGAAAACCCCGUUCCCGAAUCGUUCGAUGUUAUAACAGCUUCAAGCGCAGAUUUGAAACUUCAAGGGAAGGCAUACAUGCAUGCUACUUGGUUUCCUGGUUUUGAAUGGACUGUUGGAAUGUGUCCUCAUUGUUCUGCACAUCUCGGCUGGUUGGUUUCUGCUUUUUAA